AGGAAAUGCCUGAUCAACCGAAAACAGCCGCCAAGAAGGGCGCAAAAAAAGCUUUGCCGAAAUCCGCAGGCAAAGGGGGCAAGAAGCGCAGGAGGUCGAGGAAGGAGAGUUACUCCAUCUACAUCUACAAAGUGAUGAAGCAGGUUCACCCGGAUACCGGCAUCUCCUCCAAGGCCAUGGGCAUCAUGAACUCGUUCGUGAACGAUAUUUUCGAGCGUAUCGCGGGCGAGGCUUCCCGCCUGGCGCAUUAUAACAAGCGGGCGACCAUCAGCUCCCGAGAGAUUCAGACCGCCGUGCGCCUGCUUCUUCCCGGGGAGCUGGCCAAACACGCCGUGUCGGAAGGGACAAAGGCGGUGACCAAGUACACCAGUUCCAAAUAAAGAUCCACACAUUGUUGAAAAAACACCCAAAACCCAACGGCUCUUAUAAGAGCCACCCA